CUCUUCUACCGCCUCUGUGUUCAAAAUCCCAACCUUUCUUCUCUAUUCUCGCUCAAACUGUUAUCCACAUUCCAUUUCGCUGAACUGAAAGUGAUCAAAGAAGAGGAGCUACAGUGAGUUUGUAAUGGCGGGUGUGGAGAAGAAGAGACUUACUUCAAAGGCAAUCAUACAUCAGAAGUUUGGUGUUGAAGCAAUUUACAGGAUUGAGGAAUUUGAUGACCACUAUUCUCUGAACCUUCCGUGCCUCUAUCGUUGCCACUUACAGACACCAGACUUUUCAGUUGUAUCAAAUUUCUUUAAGAACAAGGAGGAUGCCGAAGAAUCUGCUGCUGAACUUGCUCUCGAGGAGUUUGGCAUUCAGCCUCGGGAUGAUGCUAUUACUGUGGAGGAAGCUUGGGAUGACAUCGUUGAACGCAUUAAGUAUAUAUUCUCUGAUGAGUUUGUUUUAACUGGUCAUCCUCUGGGAACUCACCUUAUAGCAACAUUGCAAAGACAUGGUGAUAAUUGGACAACCGUUCCUGCUUCUGUCAUUGCUACGUUUGAUGCAAAGAUCAUCAGUCGCUGUAAAGUCAUCAAUCCUUCCGCGGACUCGGACCCUUCCUUGGUGAUUUCCUGUGUCAUGAAGGCUGCUGCAAAGUUACCGGACUACGUUGACGUAUUUCCGCAUGAAGCUUCACUCCUGAGGCAAAGACCACACCCUCUACCAAUUGUACUAGCACUGGCUACUCACUGGGGAAGCAAAAGCAUAGAAGUUGAGGCUGUACACGUACAGUGUCAAAGUCACGGUGAAGAGGUGGUUGACUCAGUCACACUUGAUAUCCCAUCAGGUCGGUAUUACUUGGAUGUUAUAGCUGAGAAGCUUGGUCUGAAGGAUAGCAACCAACUGGUGAUAUCAAGGUGGAGUUUUGGCAAAGCUUCCUCUGGCUACGAGUGUAGAGUAUACUCUGCCAAUCCUAAGAUGAAUCGAUACGAUAAAUCAUCGAAAGCUUAUGGAAAACGUCCGGUUCAUGAAGAUGAACCAUCACAUUUGAAAACGUCUUGGAAUGCAAGAGCAAGUUCUGUAUGUGGCCAAGCUGUUCGCGGUGAUGCGAUCGUUGCGUCUGUUGGCUAUCCAUGGAGGUCACAAUCACAUGGCCUUCAACAUGAUGUCGUAACCAUAAAUUCGUUUUACAGGAUAUGUUACAAUACCUCUCCUAACGGAAUCUACAAAACCUCUCGAAGAGCUUUGAUUGCUGCACAGCUUCCUUUCUCAUUCACUGCAAAGUCUAACUGGAGAGGUCCUUUCCCCAGGGAGAUUCUCUCCAUGUACUGCCGCCAGCAUGAACUUGAAGAGCCCGUCUUUACUGUAUCCACUGCUCCUGUGAAACCAUUCUCUGACAUAUUAAAUUCUCACCAGAAGCUGAAAGACUCAAAGCCAGAUGAUGACGAGAAUCAGUUAUUGAGCAGGAAAAGAGAGGAGAUAGCAGAGUUAGCGAAUGGGUAUAGAUGUGAAGUGAAGAUUCUCUCAAAGACGUCCCAGGAUGUGGUUUUCAGUUGUUCCCUGAGAAAGUUCUAUGAGAAGGAGAACUAUGCUGUUGAAAACGCUGCAUUGAAUGCCCUCUCAUGGUUUGGUGGGUUUCACGACGACCCGGAUGCGGACCCGCUGCACCCGGAGUACGAGGAUGAAGUCCUGGACAUGCUGUUUCAACAGAAGAUCAGGAUUAAAGAGUUUGGUCGAAGCAGUGGAAGACAUGAAAUGAAGAGAAAGCCGUCUAAAUCAAGGCGGGAAGAAUAUAUGUUACAGGAAAAGGAGCAGAAGCAUGUUCGGUCUAUACCGAAAGGUUCGUUGGUCACAAUAUCCUACUCUGUGUCCUUAGAGGUAGAUUCUGACAUGUCGAGGAGCGGUGAGUCUUUGAGAGAGCUAGUCGAAGGCAAUCAAGCGAUGGAGUUCGAGGUGGGGAACGGAUCCAUGAAUCGAGAUCUUGAGCUGGUUGUUACUCAGAUGUCUGUGGGACAAUAUGCUCGUUUUAUAACUGAUUCUCCUUCUCAAGGCUUGGUUUUGGCUGCUGCCACUAACACCGAGAGAGUUCGCUCACUCUUUUCAGAACCCGCAACAAGUUUGGAGUACCGUGUACAUUUGUUGGCAGUGAGAGGUCCAAAAGAAAAACGAAUGGAGGCUAUGUUUUUCAAACCUCAGCUUUCGAAACAGCGUGUUGAAUAUGCAGUGAAGCAGAUAAUAAAUUCAUCAGCUUCUACUCUGGUUGACUUUGGAUGCGGAUCUGGAGACUUACUAGACUCUUUACUUGACCAUCAAACUUCACUUCAAACCAUUGUCGGCGUUGACAUCUCACAGAAGGCUCUUGCUCGUGCUGCUAAGAUGCUACAUACAAAACUACAGAAGCUAUCUUGGAACCUCCAAUCUGUUGUACUCUAUGAUGGUUCAAUCCUCGAGUUUGAUUCCAGGCUGCACGACGCUGACGUCGGCACUUGCUUAGAGGUCAUUGAACACAUGGAGGAAGCUCAAGCCUAUGAGUUCGGUUCAAUAGUUCUUCGCUUGUUCCGACCGAAGCUUCUGAUUGUCUCCACACCAAACUACGAGUACAACACAGUCCUCAACAAGUCUGCUCGAUACCACCAGAAAGACAAACCCAUGUCACAGCGGUCCAAGUUCAGGAACCAUAAGCACAAGUUCGAAUGGACAAGGGCAACGUUUAAUUACUGGGCCACUACUCUCGCCAACUAUUUUAGCUACAGCGUCGAGUUUAGCGGCGUUGGAGGGUUUAAAGAGGAUCUCGGGUUUGCUUCUCAGAUCGCUGUUUUCAAACGGGAAUCUCUCUAUGACGUUGAUGUUGUUGAAGACGUCCCAGAAGAAUCAAUGGAGCCUUUCAAAGUCGAAUGGGAAUGGGAGAAAGGAAUGGAGACAAAAAAAAACUGAUCUUUGGCAAAAGUAUCAAACUUGAACAGGCUUUUUAAGUUUAUCUUUAAACUCGCAACACAGGUUUUGGUUAUUAUCUAAACAAUGCAUGUUAAGUUUUGAACACCAAAAAGGGAUUGUGAACGAGGAGGUUUGAGGAAAAAUGGGAUGGAAUCUUUAAACCUUUGUGAAUGUUAAGUUAUUGUUUUUGCCAUAAGCGCUAAUUCA